CCCCCACUAACUAACGGAGAGGGGAAAGUAGUCUAAUAGGAAGAAAAGAGGGGGGUGUUGUACUGUUCAUUAAACUCUGAAAGACGCGCAGGAAGCCUUUAUCGUUUCCAACAAUGAGAUCAGAAAAGGGGAUUUGUGUUUACUCUAAAGCCUAGGACCCUGAACAACAGGAGACAAUACAACCGUACGUAGUAGCAGUACAUACGUAAGAGAAGAAAAAUGUCUCGAACGGAAGAGGUCAACAAGAUGACAGAAAAUGUCUACAAGGGGAUUUUGGACCAGUUCAACCCCAGUCUGAAGAACUUUGUGACCAUGGGAAAACACUAUGAGAAAGCCCUGACAGGAGUAACCGUGGCUGCCAAGGGGUACUUUGAUGCCCUGGUGAAACUUGGAGAACUGGCGAGCGACAGCCAAGGCUCCAAAGAGCUGGGGGACACGCUGUUUCAGAUGGCUGAGGUUCACAGACAGAUUCAGGUGCAGCUGGAAGACGUGUUGAAACUGUUUCACUCUGAGCUGCUUGCACAGUUGGAGCAGAAGUUGGAGCUGGACAUCAAGUACCUCACAGCCACGUUAAAGAAGUACCAGAGUGAGAGGAGAUCUAAAUCCGAGUCUAUCGAGCGCUGCCAGUCCCAGCUCAAGAAACUCCGCAGGAAGAGCCAGGGCAGUCGCCACCCCAAUAAAUAUGGAGACAGAGAGAUGCAGUUUGUGGAGUUGAUGAGUCGUCGCCAAGGUGAGCUGGACACGCUGGUCGCCACGGGUUACAGGUCAGCGCUCACUGAGGAGAGGAGACGAUACUGCUUCCUGGUGGACAGACAGUGUUGUGUCACUAAGCUGCUCAUUAACUACCACUCCAAGGUCAGGGAGCUUCUGUCACAGAAACUGUCAUCUUGGCAGCAGUCGUGUUCUCAGCCGACAAAACUCCCAGAGCGGGCUCUGAACCUGCUGCGUCACACUGCGCCUCAAAGCUCAGGGGCUGCUGGAAUAGCCGAGGUCCUCCGCCACACCAAGCUCGGCUCUGCCCAGCCAGAACAGAGGCUGUCUGUUCAGGAAGUCCCUCCUCUGUUGAACGGAGAUUCCAGUCGCUCCCAGCAGCAGCGCUCGCUCCCCUCCUCCUCCCAGAGUGACACCUGUCCUCCUCAGGGCUCCCCCCAGACUUUCCACUCUGCGUCAUCCACUGGAGGAGGUUCUGGAGCUGCUGGAGGUUCAUCACGAGGAGCUUCUCCUCAGCACACCAGCACACCCCUCAGUGCAUCAGCCAGUCCCCUCCCUGACAGCACCACCAGUGGCAGCCCCAGUCCUGCUACAUCCACUCCCACCACGUCCAGUGGCUUGGCCCAGCAGAGCUCCCUCCUCCUAGCCACCAACACGUCCAACCUCUCCCCGAGCCUCAUCCCUUCCACGGUGAUGUCACUCAGUCAGAUCUCCCCAGCCAGCAGCUCCUUGCACGGCAUGACCCUCCCCAUUCCACACAGUGCUCCUCACAGUCCUCCGCUCCCUCACAGCGCUCCUCUCUCCAGGGCCAUGACUCCUGUGCAGCUGUUGCACCAACAGGUGGGACCUGGAGGGAGCAACGCUUCAUCCCCAUCACAUAAUCCCUGGCUGUUUAAGGCUGGAGAAAUGUCUGCUACAGCAACACUUCCACUGCCGAGGAGACCUGUCAGUGAAAUGAGGCUGGGCGGCUUUCAGGGCUCUAGUCUCCCCAGGAUGCUGCCGUUGUCUGGACCUGCACGUGUGGAAGCCAUGUUUUCUCACAGUCCUGGAGCAUCGGAGGGUGGCGGAGUAGGGGGCGGGGCUUGCUUACUGCACUUCCUGCCUGGUGACAACAUCACCCUGCUCAUCUCUGAGCCCAGAGACGGGUGGCACUACGGUCAGAAUGAGCGUACUGGACGGAAAGGCUGGUUCCCUUUCUCCUACACUCAGCCACACCACAGCAAGAUCGAUCACUUCGGGAGCUCGCUCUUCUUAUCUAAAGCUAACAGCACUAGUACCGGCCAGCUCGACAAGCUGGUGUCUCCAGGUCUGCCAGCGCUCACCCCAGAGUCGGAGGAGGAGUGUUCCCUUCCUCCCCAGAGGGUCAGCACCUUCCGCCCGCGCCCGUACAGCAUGGCCGACAGCAACAAGAUCACCUCAGAAUUGGCUUCUCCACCACCUUCUCCAACCAGGCCCAAUCCAUUUGCGCACGUACGACUCAGAAAAACCGUCACCAACGAUCGCUCAGCUCCCAUCAUUGAGUAAGUGGUUGAUUCCACCGGUGAUGAUCCAGUUUUCUGUUCUCUGUCAGUUCAUCAAGCCUCAGGUCCAGUCCUGGAAAUGGCACAUUGGUUCAUAUUGACUCUUUUGAAUACUAUUUUACUCUGAAUGUUUUUUUAAAUUCAAUUUAAACAAAUACAGAUUGUGUUUCAUGUGCAGGAACAGAACAUUUUAAAAUCAAAGUAUAAAAGGCUCAUGUGUAAAGGCUGAUUGGUUAUAAAUAUGAUCACAGUUCAUUCACCGUUAAAGUAGUUAAUAGGAGAAAUUAGAAACAGGACUAUUGUGAUAACUGAAAGUCCAGUUUGAGUGAAAUAUGGGCAUUAAAAUAA